GGAGCCGCGGGGACGGAGUAGUCGGGGGUGCGCGCGGGCCGGCGCUGGCAGCCCCGCUCAGCCCAGCACUGGGGUCCGAGGGGCCGCAGGACGCGGCGCGCGUGCCCUCCCGCCGCCUCCUCCUCCUUGCUCUCACCUGCGCCCGUUAGCCCACUCGCCUUCAAGGCCAGUGGCUGCAGCCCAGUCCGCGAGGGUCGGACCGCAGAGGGAGAGAGAGCACCUGAGGAUACAGAGCGGGCACUGGACUGCCUUUUCACCCCCCAGGUGAUGAGUGAGGUCGGAAGAUCGCAAGAUUUAAAAAGCAACCGGGUCCUCCGUAUUGAAUGAAAGACCCAGUGCAAAGGCAUCACCAUGAACACGAGCAUUCCUUAUCAGCAGAAUCCUUACAAUCCCCGAGGCAGCUCCAAUGUCAUCCAGUGCUACCGAUGUGGAGACACCUGCAAAGGGGAAGUGGUUCGUGUCCACAAUAACCACUUCCACAUCAGAUGCUUCACCUGUCAAGUGUGUGGCUGCGGCCUGGCCCAGUCGGGCUUCUUCUUCAAGAACCAAGAGUACAUCUGCACUCAGGACUACCAGCAACUCUACGGCACCCGCUGCGACAGCUGCCGGGACUUCAUCACCGGGGAGGUCAUCUCUGCCCUGGGCCGCACCUACCACCCCAAGUGCUUCGUGUGCAGCUUGUGCAGGAAGCCUUUCCCCAUUGGAGACAAGGUGACCUUCAGCGGGAAGGAAUGCGUGUGUCAGACAUGCUCCCAGUCCAUGACCAGCAGUCGGCCCAUCAAGAUCCGCGGACCGAGCCACUGUGCCGGGUGCAAGGAGGAGAUCAAGCACGGCCAGUCGCUCCUGGCGCUGGACAAGCAGUGGCACGUCAGCUGCUUCAAAUGCCAGACCUGCAGCGUCAUCCUCACGGGGGAGUACAUCAGCAAGGAUGGUGUUCCGUACUGCGAAUCUGACUACCACUCCCAGUUUGGCAUUAAAUGCGAGACCUGUGACCGAUACAUCAGCGGCAGGGUCUUGGAGGCGGGAGGGAAGCACUACCACCCAACCUGUGCCAGAUGCGUACGUUGCCACCAGAUGUUCACCGAAGGAGAGGAGAUGUACCUCACAGGUUCUGAGGUUUGGCACCCCAUCUGCAAACAGGCAGCCCGGGCAGAGAAGAAGUUAAAGCAUAGGCGGACGUCUGAAACUUCCAUCUCACCCCCUGGCUCCAGCAUCGGGUCACCCAACCGAGUCAUCUGCGCUAAAGUGGAUAAUGAGAUCCUUAAUUACAAAGACCUGGCAGCUCUCCCCAAGGUCAAGUCCAUCUACGAGGUACAACGCCCCGACCUCAUUUCCUACGAGCCUCAUUCCAGAUACACGUCCGACGAGAUGCUGGAGAGAUGUGGCUAUGGAGAGUCGCUGGGAACACUAUCUCCCUACUCCCAGGACAUCUACGAGAGCCUGGACCUCCGACAGAGAAGGGCCUCCAGCCCAGGAUACAUCGACUCCCCCACCUACAGCCGGCAGGGCAUGUCUCCCACCUUUUCCCGCUCGCCUCACCACUACUACCGCUCUGGGCCCGAGAGUGGCAGGAGCUCUCCAUACCAUAGCCAGUUAGAUGUGAGGUCCUCCACUCCAACCUCUUACCAGGCUCCCAAGCACUUUCACAUCCCAGCUGGAGAAAGUAACAUCUACCGGAAACCCCCGAUCUACAAACGGCAUGGCGAUUUGUCAACAGCAACCAAAAGCAAAACAAGUGAAGACAUCAGCCAGGCCUCCAAAUAUAGUCCAGCCUACUCACCAGACCCCUACUAUGCUGCAGAGUCUGAGUACUGGACCUACCAUGGGUCCCCCAAAGUGCCCCGAGCCAGAAGGUUCUCAUCUGGAGGAGAGGAAGAUGACUUUGACCGCAGCAUGCACAAGCUCCAGAGUGGAAUUGGCCGGCUGAUUCUGAAGGAGGAGAUGAAGGCCCGGUCCAGCUCCUACGCGGAUCCCUGGACCCCACCCCGGAGCUCCACCAGCAGCCGGGAGGCCCUGCACACAGCUGGCUAUGACAUGUCCCUCAAUGGCUCCCCUCGGUCCCACUACCUGGCUGACAGCGACCCCCUCAUCUCCAAAUCUGCCUCCCUGCCUGCCUACCGAAGAAAUGGGCUACACAGGACACCCAGCGCAGACCUCUUCCACUAUGACAGCAUGAACGCCGUCAACUGGGGCAUGCGAGAGUACAAGGUAAAGGAGAUGCGUUGACCCUGGGGGUCUCUGGGACCCUGGGAGCCGCUCCAUUGGGGGCCAGCAGGAGGAUCACCGCAUUAUCUAUUCAGGGAAGGAAACAUUGAAUAAAUAACCUCAAGGGUCCUCUUGAGACCGGCAUAUCCGGUCCCUCCCUGGCCAGCUUUCCUCAAAUCCUGCCCUAUGUCUUUUGCCCGCUGAAAUCAGACAGUGCCUUGUGGGCCUUGGAGACUUUCUGGAGGCUUGCCAAUCACGAGACCUGAGACGUUUACAAUUAGGAGGCCUUGUGCCACAUUUAUGUCAAACACCACCAAGCUUAUUCUUAGCAGUAUUAGGGGAUUCAGGUUUUGCCUUUGGGGAGAAGGUGCCUUGAGGCCAUCAGGCAACUCCAAGAACAGACCCAGCCCUUCCUCCAGACUUUAACCACAGACCCUUUCUGGGGAGAGGAGGGAGCCCAGACACAACAUGCGGCUGAAGGGAUAAGCCUACCACCUUCAUCUGACCUGGAACCCCACCCCCCACCCUGUCCUUUCUCCUUAGAUCUACCCUUAUGAACUUCUGCUGGUGACCACAAGAGGAAGAAAUCGACUGCCCAAGGAUGUGGACCGGACGCGUUUAGAGCGCCACCUGUCCCAGGAGGAGUUCUACCAGGUCUUCGGCAUGACCAUCUCUGAGUUUGACCGGCUGGCCCUCUGGAAGAGGAAUGAACUGAAGAAGCAAGCCCGGCUGUUCUAGGCAGAGGCUCUAUAAAUAUAUAUGCAUUUAUAUAAAGAUAUAUGUAAAAUCUCUAUACUGAA